AUGGCCGCAUUCCAGCAUCUAGGACCUUUCGGCUCCCCAAGACCAACUCUAGUCACAGCUCUGCAUUCCCAAGUCCGUCAGGAAGCAGAGUAUAUCCAGGAACGUAUAGCUGCCGCGGAGGGCCUUUACCGAAAAUUGACCGCGGACAUCAUGAAAGCCCAAGCAGACCUUGGAGAAGUGCAAAAAAAUGGGGGCUUCGAGAAGGUGAUUAAUUCUUUUAAAAGGAACAUCAGAAAGAAACGAUCGCGAUUGAGCAGAUGCGUGAAGAAUCGGCAGAUCUUUGAGACACGACUGGCUACCAUCUUUGCAGAAAUGAAAAGAAUGGAACAGCAGCAAUGGCGCCACCACAGUGCUUCUCACAUUCACAACCUUGGAAUGUCAAGUGCUGCAGAUUUCGGUAAUGCUUCUUACACAGCGCCGAGCUGGUCAGCGAUCCCGUACAUGUCAGCGUCUUGGUAUACGGGUACAUUGCAGAAUCUCGAGGGUCCGAUUCUUCAGGCACCGUAUUCUCGAUUUCCCCAAGACCUGUACCAAUCUGUUCCGAACUAUGUUCCUCAGACACCAGUCAUCCGCCCAACACAGAUUCCACAAUUAGGAUUUGCACAGCCAGAUCAGCAGGAAUGCGGUGUUCGUCGAGUUAGUAAUGAACCAGGAAUUAGCCCUACCGACACAGUAUCCCCUUGUGAAUUGAGUUCUCCAAGAGGCUUUCCAGUCAAUUACAGUCCUGCUGCUACUCAACAAAGCGACCUGCUCCAGGUGAUGAGCCCGAUGCACAUCUCUCAACCCCAUGAUUAA